GCUUUGAGUCAUGGCUGCAUCCUGUCGAGCUUUGCUGCCAUGUCAGCCUUUUGUUUUGUUCAAAAUUUAUUUCAAAGUUAGUUUUUCUUCCAACUUCUCAUGUUUUUCUGCAUUCCUGGCUCCACUCUCCAAAAACCGUGACAGAGAUUCCUCCCCGAUUAACACCGAGUGACAAAGACCUGGCAGAGGUGGCUCGCAACAUGCAAAAAGAUGACCGGUCCGGGAACGACAGCCAGCAAGAAAAUGUGUCCGAUGACUCAUCUGACUCCCCAGAACCUGAGCCAAUCAGCUGCAUGGAGCCCUUCAUGGUGCGAAGGCUGUCAUGCCGGUCGGUCCAGCUGCCACCUUUAGCCUUUCGACAGGCGGAACAGUACUACUUGGACCGGAAGCCCGAGCCGGACACGGUGGCAGUUCCACCGAGGCCCACUACGCUGCCUCUACGUGCGCCGCCGCUCAUCGCCAUCACCUCAGCGGACACCAGCAGGCUUCCAAUCGGCUCUCUGUUGUGACAGCGUUGCCUGGAAUCUGCUGAUGGGAAGUGUUUUGUUUCAGUUGGUGUGAAAAUAUAAGGCACACCUCUUUGUUGAUGUGCAAACUACUAAUUGGUUCAUUUGGAAAAUAUUUUGACUUAUUUGUAACUAAAAGCAGAAACAUUCAGGUAUUGUAACGGCUCAAAUAACCUUCAUUUACAUUGC